AUGAGGAGCUGUUGUCGUGACGUCAUCGCGAUGACGCUUCACCAGUCGGACAUCCGCAGUGUUGGUAUUUCCUACGUUAAGCCAUUUCACUGAGAUCAGAUUUCUUUCUCUAACGAUUGAUAAGCGCUGACAGUGUGACCGCAGCACUUCGUCCCAAAGCAGAGAGCCAAUACUUCGCGAUGAACUGUGACAUGGAUGGAGACAUGGAGAAUCAGGUUGAACUCGAGGAGAAAACGAGACUCAUUAACCAAGUUCUAGAGCUCCAACAUACAUUAGAAGACCUCUCUGCCCGGGUGGAUGCGGUGAAGGAGGAGAACCUGAAGCUGAAAUCGGAGAAUCAGGUUUUAGGGCAGUACAUAGAGAACCUCAUGUCUGCCUCCAGUGUGUUCCAGACCACCGACACCAAGAGCAAAAGGAAAUAAAACGUAGGGAACACGGUUCUUCCCCUUACAGAACCCCCCCCCCCCCCCCCCCCCCCCACACACACACACACCAAGGCCAGUACACAUAACCCGUUUACUAUUACUGGGUCCCUAAUGUCUGCUCUGUCUUCAUCAUACACUCCUGUGCAUAGACACACACUACCAUGUUGAGCUCUGAUUUUAUUUGUGUUUUGUAUAUAUUUUUCUCCUUUGCAUGUCCAUUCCAUUCAUUUAUGGUACGUGCUGCUUGGGGCUGGUAACAGAGUGGCUAAUACAGUGAGAGCUCUUUCUCUGGCUGGUAGCUGGCUGUUGUUUCUGAGUAUUAAUGGAGGCAUUUUGCAGGCUGUGGUCAGAUAUCCACAGUCCUAAUGCACAUCAAACUCUCUGUGUGUCUUAGUGGCUA